AUGAUUUUUGAAUCUUAUAAAUUUGAAGAAUGUCCUAAAAAACUACAAGUCAUCAAAAAAAGAGGGAGAUUUGUACAAAAACCAACAUUGCCAAACAAAUGCUAUGAAAGAAAAUUACCCAUUUCAUCUGCCAAAUUCAAAGAUUUGUCAGAUUUAUGCAAUAAUGGUAUUAUCCCAGAAAAAUUUCAUGCAGAGUACUAUGAUAUGAAUUCUAGUGAGACAAUUAGAGACUGUCUUGGCGAGUCUGAUAUUGAAGAUUCUGAUUUUUCUAAUGUUUCUGAUGCCUAUUAG